AUGGAGGAGUGGCGCGGCUAUACUGCAGAGAGUCGUCCUGACUCGUCCCCCUCUUCUUUGCUUGAUGGAGGGGCCUCCGAUGUUCUCUCCUACACCCAGCGGUCCCAGGCUCCCGACUAUAUGUUCUUGUCACAGCAGCAGCAGCAGCAACAGCAGCAACACCAACAGGGGCUCCAGCAGCAGUUUAUGCAGCAGCAAUAUAUCCCCCAACAGAUGUACAGCGCGCAGCAGCAGCAACAGCCGCCGCCAGGUUAUCCGACGCAACCGGGUAUAGGGCUGACGGAGCAGCAGCAGCAGCAGGCCCUAGAUAUGGCCGACUACAUGGAGAGGGAACAGCAACGGGAACGCGAGAUCGCUCGGAAACAGCAGACGGCCCUGAGACGAGGCCUUCUCUCUGUAUCCGAGUUGGAGGACUGGAUGGGCGAAGAUUGUCCCCAGCUGGAUCGACAAACUUUAAUACGAUUCCCUCCAGAGGUUGCGGAAACGCUGAGGCAGCGGUUGCACAAUGCUGCAGCAGCAGCAGCGGCAGCAGCAGCAGAAGGAAUCGAUCCCCCAGAGCCAGGAGCAGCAGCACUCGGACUCACCAUCAUCCCAAGACCAGAUUACAACUACAGGGCGUUUGACGUCAAGGUUUCUGGGUAUCGUGGUCGGCUUCGAGGCAUCUUGGUCGAGUUGCCAACUUUGAUUGAAACGUACAAGACGGUGGACUCGGACAUUCUAUUCAAGUCAGCAUUCGCUUGCCAUACGCGUAACUCUCGUGUACCCGGCGCAUAUUCUCUUUUGUUCGUCUUCGUUGAUCAGUUGCUGCACGGUCUUCGACGAGAUACAUAUGAGAUCGAAGUCCACACGGAACUCGACAUGUUGGAAGCUCGCAAAAAAGAACAAGAGCAGCAAACGGCGCAGCAGCAAGGCAGCACAGCCAGUCCUGAUGCUCCACGAGUGGAACGCGUGGUGCUGACGACGGAGGAUGUAACCGAGCUGCUUAACAUGAUUGAGGAAGACGAUGACUAUCUCUCUGACGCUUCAGACAUAUUGUUCUCGAUCCAGUCCGACAAUGUCUCGCUUCCUGGAGCAGAUCCGAAUUCACGGUCUAGGCGGGGGAAGGGUGGGGGACCUGGAGGCCCCUCGAGGUUUUCUUCAGUUGGGAACGGAGGCCAACAGGAAACCGAUUCUCCUCAAACAGGCAUGAUGACUCCCAAUUCUCAGCUGCAGAUGCAGAUGAGCCAACAGCAGCAUUUGCAGCAGCAGUUUCUGUCGCAGCAGCAGGGUCAGCAGCUGCUGCACGGCAUGCCGGAAGGCUUAACCCUUGGUGGUGAAGUUGAUGACGCAGAGGAACGCGAGCGCUUGCGACUUCGCAAGGAAAGAAGGAAACAGAAGAAGGAUAGGAAGAGAGCAAGGAGGGAGCAAAAACUACAGCAGCAGCAACAGCAACAACAAGCAGCCAUGGGACAAGGCCUACCUAGCGACCAGAUGGUGCCCGAUGGCGCCAUGCAGUCAGCCAUACCUUUGCAAACAGACCCUGAGAUGGCCGCCUUAGGGGAGGGUUCUGCAGUUGGCGGGAAUGACGACGGUAACUUGGAUGGUAUGAGUUCGGUGGGUAGCGCAGAUGGUCAAUGA